CCGCUUGUCAAUGAGACUAGCGCAGCACAGACAACCAGAGAGGGAGAGAGAGGUUUCGGUGAAACAUCUAUUUGCAAGGCGACCCUUAGGCAGACCAUUCUAUGGCAGAGUGCAAGCCGUAAUCACUUGAACUCACUUCUAAUUUAGAAACUCUAGUGAGUCGCUGUUCUUCAGUCGUGUACAGUAGGCUUAUGUAAAGAUGAGCCGUUGCUUUUUCAUGAUUGAGUGAUGGCUCACUACAGUAGCGAGCUAGCAUUUUAGCUAGCUAAGAUUCCGUAUCGGCUUUUUUUAAUCUGCCGGCAAAGUGAAAAUCCUUAUUAUGGUAUGGGAAUAGCUGACUUGCUUGGCCUGUUCGGACGAAACGAAGAGUGCUUUGUAUUUAAACGAAGUCGUUGUUGUUGAAAUUAUUUUAUUAAUUGUUUUCUCCCUUCCCCCAGGUUGUUGGCACCACAGUACUCUCCACCAUGGUGCAGAAGUAUCAGUCACCUGUGCGGGUGUACAAGCAGCCGUUUGAGCUGGUGAUGGCGGCCUACGAGCGUCGGUUCCCCACCUGCCCCCUCAUCCCCAUGUUCGUGGGCAGCGACGUGGUGGAGGAGGACGUCAGCGAGGACGGCUCCGUCCAGACGGUCCAGCGGCGCUGCGCCCUGGACGUGGACGCCCCGCGGCUCCUCAAACGGAUUGCUGGGGUGGACUACGUGUACUUCAGUCAGAACAACACUCUGAACCGCAGAGAGCGGACGCUGCACAUUGAGUCCCACAAUGAGACCUUCUCCAACAGGGUCAUCAUCCACGAAGCAUGCUGCUACUCGGUUCACCCAGAGAACGAGGACUGGACAUGUUUCGAGCAGUCUGCCAGCCUGGAUAUCAAGUCCUUCUUUGGUUUUGAGAGCACAGUGGAGAAGAUAGCCAUGAAGCAGUACGCCACCAGCAUCAAAAAGGGUAAAGAGAUCAUCGAGUUCUACCUGAAGGAGCUGGAGGACGAGGGCAUCACCCAGGUGCCCCGCUGGAGCCUCUCCUCGACCCCUGCGCCCGCCAAGCCACCGCCGCCCGCCGUCUCCAGCAGCGCCCCCGCCCCCUGCGUCGAGCCCCCUGCCGCCCCAGACGCCGCCGUCGCCGCGCCCCUGCCGGCCAACGCGAACGACGGCGACCUCGCCAACGGUGCCGCCGACGCCGGCACCGUCUGCGUGCUGGGCGCCCUGGUUGACAGCCAAGCGGGCGCUCCCGAAGACAAGUUGGACGCGGACUACAUCAUCCGCUACCUAGGCGACCUCACCCCCCUGCAGGAGAGCUGCCUGAUCAGGCUACGCCAGUGGCUGCAGGAGACGCACAAGGACAAGAUCCCCAAGGACGAGCACAUCCUGCGCUUCCUGCGAGCCAGGGACUUCAACAUGGACAAGGCCAGGGAGAUCCUGUGCCAGUCCCUCACCUGGAGGAAGCAGCACCAGGUGGACUACCUGCUGGAGACCUGGGCCUCCCCGCAGGUCCUCCACGACCACUACACUGGAGGCUGGCACCACCACGAUAAAGACGGCCGUCCUCUCUACAUCCUGAGGCUGGGACAGAUGGACACCAAGGGGCUGGUCCGAGCCCUAGGGGAGGAGUCUCUUCUCAGACAUGUCCUGUCCAUCAACGAGGAGGGCCUCAGGCGCUGUGAGGAGAACACCAAAGUCUUUGGCCGGCCAAUCAGCUGCUGGACGUGUCUGGUGGACCUGGAGGGCCUGAACAUGCGCCACCUGUGGAGGCCCGGGGUGAAGGCCCUCCUGAGGAUCAUCGAGGUGGUGGAGGCCAACUACCCCGAGACCCUGGGGAGACUGCUCAUCCUGAGGGCCCCCCGAGUGUUCCCUGUGCUCUGGACCCUGGUCAGUCCGUUCAUCGACGAGAACACGCGUAAGAAGUUCCUGAUCUAUGCGGGGAACGACUACCAGGGUCCUGGAGGUUUGGUGGACUACAUCGACAAGGAGGUCAUCCCUGACUUCCUGGGAGGAGAGUGCAUGUGCGAGGUGCCAGAGGGAGGCCUGGUGCCCAAGUCUCUAUACCGCACGGCGGAGGAGCUGGAGAACGAGGACAUCCGUCUGUGGACCGAGACCAUCUACCAGAGCGCCAGCGUCUUCAAGGGAGCACCCCACGAGCUCCUGGUUGAGAUCAUCGACGCGUCCUCGGUGAUCACCUGGGACUUUGACGUGUGUAAGGGCGACGUGGUCUUCCACAUCUACCACUCCAAGCGGGCCCCCCAGACCCCCCGCAAGGACCCCCUGGCCACCCACAGCAUCACCUCCCCGGGGGGCAACAACGUGCAGCUCAUCGACAGGUCCUGGACCCUGGGCCAAGACUACAGCAUGGUGGAGUCCCCACUCACCUGCAAGGAGGGGGAGAGUGUCCAGGGCUCCCAUGUGACCCGUUGGCCAGGCUUCUACAUUCUCCAGUGGAAGUUCCAGGGCACGCCGGCCUGUGCUGCCACCAACCUGCCCCGGGUGGACGACGUCCUGGCCUCCCUGCAGGUCUCCUCACACAAGUGUAAAGUCAUGUACUACACCGAGGUCCUGGGCUCUGAGGACUUCAGGGGCUCGAUGACCAGUCUGGAGUCCAGCCACAGCGGCUUCUCCCAGCUCAGCGCCGCCACCACCUCCUCCAGCCAAUCACAAUCCAGCUCCAUGAUCUCCCGGUAGAAACCUGGGAGUCUACCACUUUAAUCCCCUUACGUCGGCUGGACUACAAUACCCACGACCGCACCCCGCCCAGCCCAGUUUACGCAGCACACACUCCUCAAUGUAGUCCACUUCAAACCAGCCCCCCCACCGCCUGACACUACCACACCAUGUGGAACUGAGUAUGCAUACACACCUGAGGGACAAUGGCUGUGGUUUAAACAAAACAACAAAACCAUGUUGUCUAUAAUUUAAAGGGCUCCGUUUUAUUUAUUUAUUUUUGCAUCAGGUUGUGUGUGUGUUUCCUGGCAGUGCUGCCGGGUUGCAGAUCUGAACUUUGGUAGAAACCAGAAUGUUCCAGCGUUGAGGUGGGAGUCUGGGGACAGGAGUAGGAGUGAGGCAGUGCUUACACUAACCUGGGGAGCUGUUGGACUGGGGGAUGGAUGUAAACGUGCUGUUACAUAUAUGCACCUAAACACACACCACACACACCCACAUUAUGCACACACAUUUUCAGACAGAUACGGUUAUUUUACAUAUAAAAAAACCCGAAUUAUCUGUUUCAUAUGAAUACAAGACAUGCACAUAGAGCAUGCACCUAGAUUUGAUGACGUGCAAAAAAAAAAAAAAAAAAAAAAACUGAAUUUGCCAUAUCACCAGUGGGGUUUGUCACUCCUGGUGAACUGUUUAUAGUUCCAAGUGUGGUUUUGGGGAUGGGAGGGUUUGUCACACUUGUAGUGAGGUGACCGCUAGAAGCAAUAACCAGUUUGAGUUUGAAUUUCUACUGUUUCAUUGCUCUAUCAUGUCAUGUGGAAGCGUGCCCUCAUUUGGUGCUACAUAAAGAUGACCCUCCAGUUACCAGGUUUGGAAAGUCAAGACUGUAAAUUGCAAAAUAAAGUUAAUAUGUUUAUGAAAAAUUGUGACAAUUACCUAAAAACCAAUACAGAAGUUAUGUAUAAAGGACCCCAAAAUGAGACUUUUUGUAAAAGAAGGAAAGCUUGACUUGUAUAAAGAAGCGGUUGUCAGGGAAACGCCUUGACGUUGAUCAUUGUGAAUGUGUUCCUGAUCAAGUGAGCUUUCACUGAAGCCAAUCAGAAUCCCUGAAAACUGAGAGGGUCACAGAGUGAGGAGAUGGAACGGUUCAUUAUUUUACAGAGUGCUGUACUGUAGAUCUAGUGGGGGAGUAGAACCAGUGGUGAAUGUCAAUGUUUAGUGGUGUAGCUUAUCAUUCACUGCUUGCGCCAUAACAGAAAAAUGUAUCGUUACAUGUAUGAAUGUUGGUUGGAUUUUUGUUACUCUUGGUUUGAUUUUGUUACUUAAACCAUGUCUGAGGUAAACAUUUCAGAUGAGGCUAGAUGAUGUUGUGGCAAGUGGCCGCAUGCGUGAGGUGGAAUGUUUGGUUGACAAACUGUAGUGACUGCUGGCCAUUAGGACAGACAUUUGAAAUUGAAUCAUUUCAGCCUUUUAUUCCAAUCAACAGUCACGUAUCCACCUCCUGAGGGGGUUCACCUUCUCAGCAUCAACUGAUGUGGACGUUUCGAAUGCAAUGCAAUGUACCCAUGCAAACACCCUGUCGUGUAUCAGCCACUUUGUGCUUCCGAAGCACCCAGAGACGAGCCGUGGAUUUGGCUUGGCUCAUGAAUCAAAGGAAAAUGAAGUCCGUCCCUGCUGCUCGAUAGCAUGUUAUCUGGUCAGGGCUCCCAACGUGUGACGGUGGGGGGAGAUAUUUUUGCUUCCGAUUUAAAGAAGAGUUGUUGGAGAUUCUGAACUGGAUGGACUUUGCUCCCAUAAGAUGCUGCUGUAGUGAGACAGAGGGAUUCAAUUUCAAGAGUUUUUUCUCCCAUUGGUUGCUGGCCUCUUGUCUUUUCUUCUCGUGGAAGCAAGGAGCAGAAGAACCACUCAUGUCAAUCCUCCAGCAUAACUACAGCAGCACCUGCUUCUUUUCAUUUCCUUCCUUUUUUUUAUGACAAUGUACGAGAUGUUUCUUUGUCCCCACCCCUUAGGUCAAAGUGUGACCAUGGUGCGUUGUACCUGUGUCGUUCACUGCAAUAACAGGAAAUGCUUUACUGAGAAAGAGGACCUGCUUGGAACGAGGCCUGUUCAGAACGGAUGAAAGGAAGAAUGAAAGAGGGAGUGAAUUGAAGAAUGAAUAAAUAAAACUAUGACAAUGUCUAACAUUU